UCUAGUGUCUAUCUCCUUACACUACCUCUCCAAAGUCAACUUCACUUCUGAAUUAAACACCAUCAGAUCUUGAUCAACAUGGGUGAGUACGUUUGCAUGGAAGGCUGGGAUUUGCAAGCAAUCGUAAGAGCUGGAUGCACCAAUUUUGAGGCAUGUGGAGAUUUCAAGGUUCCACCGUCAUCUUGUUUUGGUCUUGAUCAUCAUGAACUGAGAAGUAUGGAUGAACCUGAAGACCUUCUGAUCUCGAGCGAAAUCUUUCAAGAAUCAAGAGAAGUAGCUUCAGAUGAACUAGGACAACUUUACAAGCCUUUUUAUCCUGUGUUGCACCCUCUUUCUCCGCAAACCAUUUUUGCCACUUCCAUGUCUCUUCCUGAAGAAUUCAAACACCCACAAAAUGGGCAGAAGAAGAAGCUGCUGCAGCCUCUUCCAUCUGGGUCUGCUCAUGAACCCAAAGCUAAAAGGAGCAAGAAGACUCAACAGAAGAAGGUGGUGAAACAGGUAACAGAAGAUGAUCUCACAUCGGAUAAGUGGGCUUGGCGUAAAUAUGGACAGAAACCUAUCAAAGGCUCUCCCUAUCCAAGGAGCUACUACAGAUGCAGCAGCUCAAAAGGAUGCUUGGCAAGAAAACAGGUAGAAAGGAGCAGAGAAGAUCCAGGAGUAUUUAUCAUAACUUACACUGCAGAGCACAGCCAUGGACACCCAACAAGAAGAAACUCACUAGCUGGAACCACCCGAGUUAAGUCCUCCACACCUAAAUUUCCUGCUACACCAACACAUGAUCAUGAUCAUGAUCAUGAUCAUGACCAUCUUCAUCUUCCUCCACCAAAACCUUUAACUAAACCCACUGAAUAUGAUCGCUUACUACAAUAUGUUGCAGUCAAACAGGAAGAGGAACGAAAGCCUGCCGUUUUUAAAGGUUGUGAUCAUGAUCUUGACAUUUCUAUGCCGGAUAUUAUAUUUAGUGAUGAAUUGUUUCCAAACUUGGAAAAUUUGUAUGGAAUGGCCAUGGAGUUUUCUUUUGAUGGCUGCUUCUCAGAUUAUUAAUUCUGCAAGUUGGAGAUGACGAGUUGCAUGAAAAUCACACACCCUGUUAACUUUUUCUCGGCAUAUGUAGAGAGAAGUAGUUACCUUUUUUAUUUAAAAAAAGUUCUUAUCAUUUUUGUACUUAGGUUUUACCGUCGUAACUUGUAUAGAGUACUCUCUUUCUUUUCCAGUAAUUGCUUUUUUUCCACAGAAAAAUGGAAUUGUAUGUCAAGAAAAUAAAGUUCAAAGGUAGCUCAGUACGUCAUAAUUACGUAAACACUA